AUGUUCGCACUCGCCCUCCAGCUGUGCCUUGCGGCUCUCACUUUCGCGGCGCCCAUCGCCGAUGAAAUCGUGACCAUCCAAGCCGAUGCCUGGCAAUACGGAACUGGUGGAGGAGUCAUUGGCUUCAUCGUCUUGGUUUUGGAUGUGAUUGUCUGGUUCGAGGUUUUGAAGUCCAACCGUGAUAUCCUCCCCAAGGUCCUCUGGUCGCUUCUGGUUUUCUUAUUCCCUAUUGGAGGCAUCAUCAUCUACUGGCUCUUCUCCGACCGUGCUGCUCACAACCAAGGCGCUGGAUAUGAGCCCAUUGGCGCCUAG